AUGGCUGCAAUGGAGUUUGAUGAUGUUUAUGAAGAAAUUCGUGGUGUUCUUAAUCCGGGUCGUUUAAAAUUGACAUCAAAUUCAGUUGUUUUUAAAAAUUUACGAACUGGUAAAGUUGAAACAAUAACUAAAGAUGAAGUUGAGAAUAUUAAAUGGAUGAGACGUUCACGUGGUUAUGGCUUAAAAUUUAUUACAAAAAAUGAUACAUCUUUACGUUAUGAUGGUUUUAAAGAUACAGAUAUUGAUCGUUUAAAAGAAUUUAUGACAAUUAAUUUUGGUAAAAAUAUUGAAACACAAAAAAUGGCAGUUAAUGGUUGGAAUUGGGGAAAAGUAUCAUUUGGAACUGGCAAUCUUUCAUUUGAAGUUGAUCAUAAACAAGCAUUUGAAGUUCCAUUAAAAAAUGUUUCAAAUUCAAAUAAAGGAAAAAAUGAAAUAACACUUCAAUUUCAUCAGGCUGAUGAUGCUAAAGUAUCAUUAAUGGAAAUUCGUUUUUAUGUUCCACCAGGAGAUGUUGAUGGUGAUGCAGUUGAAGAUUUCCAUCAAAAUGUAAUGAAAGGUGCUGCUGUAUUAACAGCUAAAGCUGGUGAUGCUAUUUGUAGUUUAUCAGAUAUCAAUUGUCUUGUACCACGUGGUCGACAUGAAUUACGAUUCUAUCCAGGCUUUUUUGAUUUACAUGGAAAAUCAUAUGAUUAUAAAAUUCCAUAUAAUCAAAUUACACGUGGUUUUCUUCUUCCACAUAAAGAUAAUCGACAGAUGUAUUUUGUGCUUAGUUUGGAUCCACCAGUAAAACAUGGUCAAACACGUUAUCAAUAUAUUAUAUUUGGUUUUAAAAAAGAAGAAGAAACAACAGUUGAAAUUUCACUAUCACCUGAAGUUAUUCAAGAAAAAUACGGUAAUAAUCUUCAUAAAGAAAUGCAAGGUCCUUAUCAUGAUAUUGUAUCACGUUUAUUUCGUGCUAUUACUGAACAACGUAUAACUGUACCUGGCUCAUUUACUAGUAAAAGCGGUGCUAAAUGUGUUAGUUGUGCAUACAAAGCAUCAGCUGGUUUACUUUAUCCACUUGAACGUGGUUUUAUUUAUAUAACCAAGCCACCAAUAUAUAUUCAUCAUGAUGAUGUUGCUUCAUGUGGUUUUAAUCGUUCGAAUACAGCUACUGGUCGUACAUGUGAUUUUGAAAUUCAAUUAAAAAGUGGUGGAUCACAUGUAUUUAGUAAUAUUGAAAAAGAAGAAGCUAAACCCAUGUCGGAUUUUCUUAGUUCAAAGGAUCUUCGUAUUCAUGCUGCUAGUAAUUGGGAUAAAAAGAUUAAUUAUACAGUAGAUAAAGAUCGUGAUAUUUACUUAGAACAUGUACAAAAUGAAGGUCAAGAACGAGAAGAUGAUGAUGAUGAAAGCGAUGAUGAAGAAGAAGAUGAAGACUUUCAAGGUGAUGAAGAAGAAGAUGAUGCACUUGAAUAUGAUAGUAAUGCAUCAAUACAUUCAACUGAAGAUGAAGAUGAAGAUGGAGGUAAAAGUCCAUCAGCAUCGAAAAAACGUAAAAAACCUGAAUCAUCAUCUACUUCGUCAAAGAAAAAAUCGGAUGAUCCCAAGAAGAAAACUAAACAAAAAGAAUCACCAACCAAAAAACCACCAAAAAGCAAAGAAAAAGUUGAAGACGAUUCUGAUUAA